AUGUGGCCACACAAAGCUGGUCUUGGUGUCCGACUAAGUUAUGGCGUAUUUGGCAAUCCCAACGUUGAAGUAGAAUCAGCGUCAAAUGCAAACUUUAUUUCAAGCGACGACUACUUGCAACCAAAGAUUACAUUUCCACGGAACGAAGGGGACAAGAAAGCAGAUCAAUACUUGAAUGAAGUGUUGAAUAAGCCACUACUUAAGAAACCACUUAAUCAUUCGGUGGGUGAAGUUUAUCAAUCGUCAGAAACGAAUACAUCGUUCGAUGACGAGAACUUCGGCACCACGAGCGUACCUUCCAAGAUACUUUCCUCAUAUGGGUUGGAGACUAAAGCUAUUGACUCAGCGAUGGCAUAUGAUCCAGGCUUCGGUGAUAUUGUUCAGAAAUUUCAAAUCAAACCGCAAUCUACUGUUGUGACACUUGACGGUUUAGUUCAUGUCACAGGUGAAGCAUUGUCAGUGCUAAGUUUAUCUAUCAUAUUGCAAGAUGCACGUUCGAUAAAGUUAUCACCUACAUAUGAAGUGGAUUUUCUAGAUCAGAUUAGACAAGUCGAGGUAGCUGAAAACGAAGAAAAGAGUCGAUUAAUCAUUCUUGUAAGAACUCGUGUCAAGGUAUAUGUAAGUACAUGCAAACUAUCACGUUACUCGAGUAACUCCAAAUCUGGUCCCAAUUUUCAAUUAUCAAUCAUUAAAGAGAUUUCGGCGCACAAAUUGCAGCAAUCAACUUUUGCUGAUGUAGCUGUUUGUGCUGCCAAUGUGAGGAAGUUUGCAAUAGUUGAUAUUCAAGGCAACCUAUCAGCAUGGAUAAUUAAUAGAAAACACGAUAAAGUUCUGAGAUUGGGGACCAGCGACAUGCAAUUAUCAAUCAUUGAUACAAAUAACUUAUCCAAUUGGUUACGACUAACUUGGUUGCCAAAUGUCAAUAGCAUACUUUUGUCAACAAGAACCAUGAUAGUUCGACAUGAUUUUGAUACCGCUACACAAAAGGCUUUGGUUACCUCGAAUACAUGGUCGCGAAUACGAGACGUUCAAUGUGUCGGAGAUAUGUUAUUUUACUUGACAUCGAAAGAAUUGAUUUGGUUACGUUGUGGGACAGAAAUUGAAAGAUUAUUAUCGUGGAAACAUUUUUUAAAUGAUUGUGAUCCUUCGCUCAGAUUACUGGUAUUCACUCAAAAAGAGUCAUAUUCGUUGUUUAUCUACUCGCAAGCUAGCCCCUUGGUGUUGGUGUACUCCUUAGGAUAUGAGGAUGCGAAACCUUGUAGUUCAAGAGAUCCAUAUAUGAUACAGCUGUCAGAUUCCACAGGUCUCAAACAAUUGAUACCGUCACGAGUAAUUGAUUCAAGCGAUAUAGAUGUUAUUGAGUUGUCAUCAACCUUGCAUUUGCGACAGAGACGUUUGCAAUUCGGACCAUUGGCACAAAACUCGAGCUCGAAAAAGAAUGGAUUGGAAUUUAGAGGAUCCUCAACAACAAAGCACAAGCAUAGAUACAGGCACCGCCAUUCAGAGAAGCUUCAUGCAGCUCUUUUGGAAAACAAUUUAGGAAACGAAAAUGAAGAGCUGAUUGAGGCAAUUCAAAAUUAUGCGUCACAGUUGGGCGCUGCUUUUGAAGCUGAUAAUCAGAAACAAACUUUUUCAUCAGGAAGCUAUCACUCAUUACUAGAAAUUGACCACCACCCGCCGCUAAACAUUCUGGAUUUGGGUGAUCUGGAUGAUAUGAUCUCUGAAUUCGAAACGAGUUCACUCACUGAGGGAAUCAAUAUCAAGAGUUUUAUCAAUAAUGCAUUGAUCAAAAGAAAUGAGUUCUUGACAAUACCACAAGCGCAAACGCAUAUUUGUGACAUACAUACGUUGCUACAACAAGUAUUUGGGGAAUGUAACACUACAAAAUCUAUAACCAAUACUUCACUAGUAUUGGGACUAUCCCUAAUAAAGUGCCAAGACCAAGGAAAUCAAUUCCAGACAAAAUACAACGACCAAAAAUCGGCGUCUAAUCAAUCUGUUCAAGAAUUGCUUGAUGAAUGGGAUUUUUCCACGACAACACAAGCGCACCAACAACCUGUGUCGCAGACACACAAUGCAUCCCAAACCAUUCCUCUAUUGAAAUCGAGCCAAUUGGAACCAAUGGAGCCCCCAAAAUUAUCACAAAGCAGCAACACACAACUUGGUGGUUUAUCCGGUUCAAGCAAAGGUUCUACAAAGGCUUCACAACAAAGAUCACAUUCACGGUUGGCAGACACUCUUCGUAUUUCGUCUCAACGCAGUAGUCAGGACGGUUCACAGCCGAAACGAAAGAAAAAGAAAGGUGGAUUUUGA